AUGGUAUAUGGUUUCCCGGGAAGUUUCUGGAUCUAUGAUAUACGAUUAUUGGGAGAGAACUUAGUAAAGAAACACACCCGAUAUAGCAAGAAUGGUUUUGUGCCUCCACAUAACUAUGCCUCUUGUAGGGUUUGUUCUAGGAACUCUGAAGGAUGCCUAACUGUUGUAAUGGAUCUCCAGGCUCAAAUGGACCAAGGUUACAUUGAAGCCUACCGAGACAGAGAUUAUAAUCAAGUCAAUAUGGUCAAUACUGACAACGAAGUGAAUGUCAUAGUUCCUCAGUUCAACGACUCUGAGCCUAUACAGAUUACUUAUGACAGUCGAAAGACUUCUGUGACUCCUCUAGUCAUUAACUUACCGGGCCCAGUUCCCUACCUAUCUGAUAAAGUUGUUCCUUACAAGUACAAUGCUACAAUGACUGAGAAUGGAAAGGAUGUUCCUCUACCCUCCAUUAUUAACAUCGCUGAUGUAAGCAGAGUCACAAGGAGUGGGCAUAUAUUUACAAAAAGGACUGAGGAUGUCGCAGCAGGAAAGCAUGCUCAUGUUGAGAUCCCUUUUGAAUCGGUUGGCCAAUCUGAUAACAUGAAUCCGAAAAGUGAUGAUGAUGAGGCUCACCGUGAAGCUUUGCAGAAAGUCUUAGAACAAGAUUAUGUAGACUAUGAUGUGACGGUUGGACAAUUUGAUGGUAUCGUCGCUAACAUCACGGCCUGCAACAACUUGAGUUUCAGCUCGUCUCUCAAUGUCAUGCCGAAGUCGACACUUUCCAAACUUUCUUUUCAAGGUGCUCCUAUGAGGAGUAGCGGGAUUAUUGUCAAAGCUUUUGAUGGUUCCAGAAAAACAGUCAUUGGAGAAGUUAACCUUCCUAUGACCAUCGGACCUCAUACUUCCCAGAUGACAUUCCAGGUGAUGGACAUAGAAGCUGCGUAUAGCUGUUUAUUGGGUCAGCCUUGGAUCCAUGAAGCUGGGGUAGUCACUUCCACUCUGCAUCAGAAGCUUAAAUUUGUGAAGAAUGGGAAGCUAGUGAUAGUCUGUGGGGAGAAAAUGUUGGUUGUGAGUCACUUAUCAUCUUUCUCUUAUCUUGAACCUGAAGAAGUUGUUGGAACUCAAUUCCAAGCCCUUUCUUUGAUUGACAAAGAUGUCAAGAGAGGAGUAUCCAUCUCUUCAUUCAAGGAUGCACAAUGGCUAGUAAAUGAUGGUAUAACCGAUGGUUGGGGAAGAGUUUUGGAUCUCCUAGAGAAAAAAACAUCGAGAGGGUUUAGGAUUUUCUCCUACUUCCAAGAAGAUUGCAGAAGGAAGUAG